AUGGCUGACAUUAUGUUUAUCUUCCUGUCCUUUUUGGUAUUCACAAGGGUUUCCUUAGCCUCCAGCACAUCAAAGCUGGAAGGCUGGCAGUUUGACGAUAGGAGCCGCUCAUCGUGGGACCUGGUGUGGACGUGUUUGUCGACGAUUUUCGCCUGCACAUGGACGGUUCUCUGUUUGAAUGUCCCACCGAGGAGACACCAUAACUCUCGAGGCGGUCAAUUCUCUCGCCUCGCGAAAAAAGUCCUGGUUUGGCUGAUUUCUGUGCUAUGCCCGGAACUAGUGGCAUGGAUUGCCGUGGAGGAGUACUUUCGCGCGAGACAACUGGCCAUUUACUGCAAUGCUAUCCAAGCAGAGGUGAAUCCUGAGGUGAGCCGACGACCAACGCUAUCACAACAGACAGAAGGCCCACAGAAUAGUCAAGUGCAAAUGCGGCCGGUCCCUGUGAAAAAAACCAUUGGCGCAUUUGUACGUGCGGGCCUGGUCAAAGGCUCCGACUUCGAUGAUGAGGACAUCAAGGAUCAAGCCAAGGUGGAUACUCUGGGGAAAUUAUUUACGGUCGUCCAAAGCGCCUGGCUUACCUGCAACAUCAUCGCACGCGUAGCAUACUCGCUGCCUGUCUCUCCGCUGGAGCUGACCACCGUCGCAUACGUGGCCUUGGGGCUUCUGAUUGCCGGCUUUUGGUGGCUUAAGCCGAAGGAUAUGACCACGUCGAUCGCUAUACCCUUGCAAUGCAAGCGGGAUGAUCUACCAGUUGAGAUUCUGCAAGUCAUGGACGCAAGUCCAAAAAGCUGCAUCCAAUUACGAGCCGACGCAAUCGCUCAGAAUGCCGCCGCGGGUCACGCUACUAAAAGCCCUCCCUCUACAAGUUCAAACCGCAAAAAGCCGUACGUCCUUGCUUAUGAACCUGAACGCCUUCCCAAAUCCGCAGAGGACGAUCUAUCCCACAGUGCAAAAGCUUUGAAUGUCACUUUCGCUACUUUACUGGUUAUCAUAUUUGGCGCCGUUCAUGUUGCCGGGUAA